UAUGAUAAUUAUAACAAGUUUGCUUCCGAUGUAUAUUUUCUAUUUGGUUUGGUUCUAUAACAUAGGUAGUAACCGUACAUUUAAAGUUUGCUGGUUGUACGGCUUACAAUCUUGAUUCAUGCAAUGCCUUGCUAGCAGCAUAGGCUUAUCAUACCAUAAACACGCAUUAUAUUACGGCGCAUUUAUGGUAGCAGUGGGCUACCGAUCCAUCGUAAGUGAGUGGCUUUAGCCAUAUUUCUUUGCUGACUGGUUGCUGGGUCAGCAAUGUUACCAGUUACCAUGUCAACAGUUUUUUGUAUGGUUGCAAUUAAUGAGUCUUGGCUAGAUAGCUAUUUGGUUCCUAGCCGUUGCGGCUGCUUAUUGAGAGGAAUGGUGGACACUAAAUGGUAGCACUAAAGUUGAAAUGUAACCAAAAGGCAGGAACUGCACAAUGCCUUAGUCUAGUUAACUUCUGAUAUUAAUAUCACCCUCUCUGUUCUGGUAUGAGGUAGAGCGAGUGAUUCCAUUGCGUUAGCAUUACCCUGUCGUGUUCAGUGAACGAUUAACCAUUCCCUUAUCGGAGAGUUGACAGAUAAUCUCCACAUACAUCUACGUGAUUACAUUUCUUAUACCUAGUUAAUCUCACAAUAUAAAUCGCAUUUGUCUCUGGUUCAUUUAUUGACGCUAUUCAUAGGUAUUGUAAAGGACACCAUCGAAAUGCACAAAACCGUGUCAUUUUAGUGGAAUAAAGACGGAAGUUUGUGGGUCUGCUUAAUCAAUGUUUAGUAUUACCAGUAGACCGGCUGCCAGUUAAAAAUGAUACGUUUUUUAAAAUUGAGUUUGGUUUCGUUUAUUACGGCACUACUGGGUGAUUUAUGGCAUCCGAUUUAGCAAUGUCUGUUUUUCAUGCACGACCCAUUAGAAAAUAACCGGCUUAAUUACCUCGGUUACUGUUUUCCAGGGAACUUGUAAAUGACCCUUUAAAAUGACUGUCGAAUUGCAAUGUUCAGUAUUCAUUUAGAAUUAGCAUUAUAUAAGGCUUAACCACUUUUAUGAGAACUUCCCAGAAAGAGCAACUGGUGAAACUGCAAGGAUGUGAAGUUUUCUUCACUUGAUGUUAAACUCUAGCACCGAGCUGGAAAGUGAACAAGCUCGCUUUGAACCUCCAUGACAUCCAUCUCUUCAGUCUGGGCUCCACUUGCACCCUCCUCGAGGUCCUCAGACUCACCAUCUUCCACAGCCCCUGAUCAACUGAGAUGCUGGCCUCUGUGUCUGGCUCACCUCCCUUAGUCGCCUCCUGCUGGGGUCCCAUGGGAAAAAACAUGCACUGGGCAGCGACACCGUUCUGAUGCCAGCAUAUGGCUCAUUCAGCGGUUCAGCUUGGCACGAUGGCAGUGUUUGAGGACAGUCUGCCUGUACUCCUGCCGGAUUUCCCUCUGCUGCAUCUGAACUUGCCGAUGUCCUCUUGCUGUUCCUGGUUUUCGCUCGCUGGGAGAAUGUCUGCAGGGCCUGGGUGACAUCCUGACUGGACAUCCUGGAAAGUGCGUCUGCGUUGGUGUGGCAUUUUCCUUGACGGGUAACGGGUUUCAGCUGGACUCAGGCCCCUACUGGCAUAAGCAAUAAACUGCUCCUUGCCGUCCUGAAUUUGAGCAAGAACUGCACCAAGUCCUUCUCCUGAUGCAUCGGUCUGCAGCAAGAAGGGCAGAUUGUAGUCCGGGUAGCCCAGAACUGGAGCUGUGGAGCUGCACUUCUGCACACCUUUGAGCAGCAGUAUGAUGUAGGCAGGAGUCUGUCUGAGACAGGACACUGAGACAACACUACCAGAGCUCACUGAGCAGCACAGGAUCAGACAGAAAGAAGAGGAACUCAGUGGACUGGAGUCUGUCCACAUGGCAGAGUCAGAGACAGAUUGUGCUGCACCAGGACUCAACACACUGGAGCCAGAGUGUGUUACAGCACACAGCGGGGUCAGUGAUGUGCACCACACACACACACCACUGAUUAAAACAGAAACUGAUUUGGGUUUGACUCAAAUUGGGGAUCUUUUUAAGACCGAGAACCUAGACAGUACAGAUCUGGGGUAUAUAACCAAUCUGCACCCUGACCAAAUCAAAACAGAGACUGAUGAUGGAGGAUACCUUAAGGCCGAACACAUCAGUAACUUACAGGAUAUUGAUUGUAUUAAUAUUAAAUCUGAUCCAUUGAAGUGUGAAUCCAGUGAAAGUUUAGUGAGUGAUCUCAUGAAUACUGUGAAGACUGGAGCUGGUGUUGGUCACAAAGAGCAGACUGAACCAUGGCACUGUGCAGGAGAGCCAAACCCAAACUGUAAAACAGAAAAAAUUCAUGAUCUGCUGACUUCUGCGGACUUAAAUAAUCACUGUGACACAAACAAUGAAAAUAAUCUAACCAGAAUUGUCCAGAAAAGUACAGUUGAAAUGGAAAUUCAUACAGGUGAAAAGCCAAACAAGUGUCCACAGUGUCAGAAGGGGUUUAGCAGAAAAUCUGAUUUGAAUUUACACCUGAGAAUUCAUACAGGUGAAAAGCCAUACAAAUGUACUCAAUGUGGGAAGUGCUUUUCCCAAAUGCGUCGUUUAAAUAGCCACUGGAGAAUUCAUACGGGUGAAAAGCCUUACAAAUGUAAUCAGUGUGGGAUGUGUUUUUCCCAAACAAGUGCUUUAAAUUGCCAUAGGAUGAUUCAUACUGGUGAAAAUGCCAACAAAUGUCCCCAGUGUGGGAAAUGCUUUUCCACAAUAUCUAAUUUAAAUAGCCACUUGAGAAUUCAUACAGGUGAAAAGUCCCACAAGUGUACACAAUGUGGGAAAUGCUUUUCCCAAAGGUGUAAUUUAAUUAGCCACCAGAGAAUUCAUACAGGUGAAAAGCCCUACAAAUGUACUGUUUGUGGGAAGUGUUUUUCCCAAACAAGUGCUUUAAAUUGCCACAGGAUGAUUCAUACAGAUGAAAAUCCCAACAAAUGUCCUCACUGUGGGAAGUGCUUUUCCACAAUAUCAAAUUUAAAUAUCCACCAGAGAAUUCAUACUGGUGAAAAACCCUGCAAAUGCAUUCAGUGUGGGAAGUGUUUUAGGUCAAAUUCUUCUUUAAAUGUACAUCUGAGAAUUCAUACAGGCGAAAUGCCGUACAAGUGUACGGAUUGUGACAAGUGUUUUAAUACAAAAUCUUCCUUGAAUACACACCUGAGAAUUCAUACCGGUGAAAAGCCAUACAAGUGUACACAGUGUGAGAAAUGCUUUAUUUCAAGUUCUGAAUUAAGUAUACACCUGAGAAUUCAUACAGGUGAAAAGCCCUACAAAUGUAAUCAGUGUGGGAAGUGUUUUUCACAAUCAAGUGCUUUAAAUUGCCACAAGAUUAUUCAUACAGAUGAAAAAUCCUAUACGUGUCCUCAGUGCGGGAAGUGCUUUUCCACGAUAUACAAGUUAAAUAUCCACCAGAGAAGUCACACAGGUGAAAAGCCGCACAAAUGCAUUCAGUGUGGCAAGUGUUACAGCACAAGUUCUGGUUUAAAUAAACACUUUUUGACCGCAAGUCAUUUAAAUGCCCCCAGGAGAAUUAAUUCAGGUGAAAACUCCUAGAAGCCCACCCAAUGUGGGAAGUGUUUUUUUUUUUUUUUUCCCCCACGAAAUCUACUUUAAAUUUACACCUUGUAAUUGCGUGCAACAUGUCUAUAAUUUUAAGCUAAUCCAACAAUUUUAUUUUUGGACAAUUAAUAAAAAAAUAAACAUUGCGUACAACCGUAAGCCAAUGUUUUUUUGUUUGUUUGUUUGUUUUUGAUGUGUGUGUAGUAGAGCGAUAGUGUUGGGCAGAGCUCCCAGCUGAACUAGCCUAACUAAGUUUUCCAGGACCAUGUGUGUAUUUCUAAAAUCAAGUGAAUUGUAGGCUAGCUGUAUUGGCAUAAAAGUAAAAUUGUUAGACCAGCGUCACAUCUGGACAAACUAAAAUCCCAGUUUAGAUUUAAAACACCAUUACCCAUCGGAUAUUGAAAGCGAAACCUGAAAUGGAGCUGAUCGUGUCACCACCAUGAUUGCCCUGCGCCAAUUGCAAGUUUAUUACUAUCAUGGAAAACUAUACGCCAAAUUAUAUAGAAAAUCAUUAGACCAGCAUCAUAUCUGGACAAAUUCACAGAUUCACACCAUUAUCUGUCGAAUAUUGAAAGCAAAUGCAUGUUAUCGUGUUGCUAUAUUGCUGCUAUAUUGGACCUUUACGUGACCAUACCAUGAAAUCGAGUGCACAAUUGUGUCUAUAUCAUGACACUUAAUGUAACAAAGUUCUCAACAGCAGCAGAUUGGCUACAUUUCAAGUCAAUCAAGCGUGCUUGUCAGGCAGAAGAUGUAGGGAAGGGGGAUGAAAACAGGAAGAAUUAGAAUUUUAUCUGAUGCAUUUUUUAAAUGAAAUGGCGAUCUACCUGCUGGGCCCUGCGAUCGACUGGUCGGUUGCAAUCAGCGUAAUGGGAACCCCUGCCUGAGCUUUUUCACUUAAUUAUAUUUUCUAAGGUAAAAAUCCUGCAUAAUAUGCCUGACAAAUGUACUCAUGUUUCAUGAAAACAUAAUUUACUUUAUACACUGAGUGUGAGAAUGUCCAUUUAUUAUCAAGGAAUAACCUGAUAAUUCCUCAUUUUAAAAAAUCUCCAUAUUUUGGAGACAGACCAUCCUGUUUCCGUUUUCCACAUACUUGUUUAUUUUGAGUUUAAGGAGUGAAUAGAAGGCGGUUGGCCGACAAUUUUUCAGUGCUCGUAUUGGCGCAGUUUAUAGUUCUCCAGGCAUUCCUUAUUGUAUUUUGAACAGACAUGUAAAAAUACAGCACAGUGACUGGAGGCUACUUGGAACUGCUUCUUUUUUUUUUUUUUAUAACCUCUAACUGUUUUGUACGUGUAAAAAAUUCCUUUUCAAUGUACAGUGUAAUUCCUUGUUGAUUGCUGGGUGAUACUUCUGGUGAUGGAAUUGACACCUGUAUAAUUUGUUUGAAAGAAACAGUGUGAAAACUGUUUGGAAGAACCAUUCUAAUGUCUUUACGUCCUAAUGUCCAAACUAUGCUGAAAAUGAACGAGACAUGACUGGCCUUGACGGGUUCUGCUACUGCCAAUGUAGAGGUUUAAAUGUGUAUGUCAGCUAAAGCUGAUCAUUGGGUUUAAGACUGUUUUAUCAGUUGAGGAUCUUUGUUAUUUUUCUAAAUUGUAUAUGAAUUGUUUAUGAAAUAAUUUUAUACAAUGAAUGUGCACAUAACUAGGCCUUUAUGCCUCUCAGCCCUUCAAUAUGUAAAAUUCAUAUUUAGCAUCGUAAUCAUUAUCAUCAGCAAGAUCCUCAAUAAUAUUGUCUUAAAAUAUAAAAUAUUUAACAUUAUUGGGUGGCAUGUAAAUUGUGUGCAUUGAAAUACCAAUCAUAAAAUAUUAGUCUUUCCAGCUGUUGGAUGAUUUCAGAUUUCCUUAUACCACCAUUAUGUUUAUCAUAAUUGCCUCAGACUUCUCUGUGCAUUCACACCCACAGCCCCAUGGGGAGGGGAGUGCUUUGAAGGAUGAGAGAGAUGACGUCAGGUCAGUAGGCAGUGGGUUAUAUCAGCGUUUCUCAACCCUGGUCCUGGCAACCCACUGUGUAUGCAGGUUUUUUUUUGUUAAAGCCUGAUCAAUCGAGGUUAAAAUGUGUUUAUGUUCUACAUCAUUGUGUGGUUUUACUUAAUGCAGAGGUGGCUUGCCAUUUGCUAUCAGUAACCUCUAUUUUACACAGAUGGUUUUCCACAUUCUCUGCAAAUGGGGCCCAACUGAUUGUGGCUUUAAGAGGGUAAAUCAGCUUUCAAUAGAUGAAACAUUGUUCUAAUUAAGAACAAUUAGCAGCUCAUUAGAAAACUGAGCUUGUUGUGAUAAUUGGAAGAACAACCAGCAUGCACAGUGCAUUCCCAUGACCCAGGCUGAGAAACAUUGGUUUAUGUGACAUAAUGGAUUUUUUUUUUAUUCGUGGAUUUAAAAAAAAAAAAAAAUUAUUCAUGAAAAUAAUUCCAAAAACGUAAAAUGCAAAGUACUACUAUCCAAAGAACAUUUUGAUUUCAGAUUGCAUAUGAGCAGAAAUAUAUGAAGUUUUUGCCAUCAAAUUCGGCCAUGCUAGGCAUUCCUAAUUAGCGACAUGCUCAGAAAUCAUACUGUGUCCAGCCUUUAUGGGCUGAAUUCUUCUGGUUACCACAGAAUGAAUUGAACUUUCGAGUUUUUGAGUCGUUUGAGUUAUUUUCUCAUACUUGACCAAUAGAAGACGCCAAUUACCGAAUAUGGUAUUUAGGUUUUAUUCCUGCCUCUGACUCUAGCUGGAGUUACUCAUUUGCAGCUCUUAGCAAAAAGUAGGUGCUGGCAACAACAUAUCAGCAUGUCAGAGAGCCAGCAUUUUCUUCCUCACAUUUAGAUACUGCUAGGCUAAGCUCUAUCUUCAGAGAGACAUGUGAUCUUUAACCAGUGAUGUGAGUAGCUCCAGUCACCACAAUGUCCUUCCCACACACAGCCAACUGUCACAUGGUGUGAAUUCACCUUUUGUUCAAUAACCAUCUAAACAGAAGCUACUGCUAAGCACACUUUUUUUUUUUUAAUUUGAAUUUUAUAUUAUUUUCAAAGAGUAAACAUACACACAGACAUACAUACACAGAAAUCAAUUAAAGGAAAAUUAAAAUAAAAUAAAAAUAGUAAAUAAUAUAUCAAUAUAUGAAUGACAGAGGUGUUACAAGGGUGAAAUCUGGGAUCACAAUUUCAUAGGUCAAAUUAUGUUGGGUGUUCCGGAGUCAAAUCUAGGGAACAUUGGCAUUUUCAUGGUCAGUUCGGCCACCUUUCGGAAUGUUCCUCCUCAUACAAGUCAGCAAGGUUUGAGGUGCACCUUUCCAUUACCAACCAGUCCAAAAGGGGCCGCAACCACAGAUCAGCAUUUUUCAAUGCUGUGCAAUAAUUCUUUUGGCUGUCAUACAACCAGUGGUUAACAGUCGUUUGUGUCGCUUAGGCCAUGGGCCUUGAGGAAUAAUGUUAAAGUCAAUCAAUCAAUCAAUCAAAUUUUAUUUAUAGAGCACAUUUCAUACAAGUGAUGCAGCUCAAUGUGCUGUACAUAAAAAUAAGAAGAGAAGUAGAUAAGUCGGACUGAAAUUUGAAAUACUGCAUCAUUAUUUAUAUUCUAUACCAUUGCAAAAUUGUUUUUAAAUGGUUUUAAAAUGUUUUUUUUUUUGUUAAAGAUAAAAAUGUAUACUUUUGGACAUAUCACAAUUUGAUAAAGUUACUAUGGUGCUAGUCAACUACAGCCUUGGCCGAAGUGAUAAUACCAUGCCAUUCUCAGAAUAAUAUAUAUUUUCUUUUAUUUUGUACCGCAUAGGAAAAGUACAUUGUACCUCCGAGAAUUUAAAUAAAGGUUCUGACUGACUGACUGACAUGUGCUUUACAUACCUACAUUAAAAGACGGUUUGGAUAUUUUAACAGGCACAGGUGCGAGCGAGCCUGUUGCCAACAAUAUCCGUUUAUCAUGCCAUUGCAAGCAAACCUGUUUCCUGUUUCCAACAAUCUUUGUAUCGCUCUGUACUGCAAUAAAUGCAGAUCCCGUGCA